AUGACAUCAGCUGCAACCAUCGAGUUUUACUUGGCGGAGGAUGAACAUGCUCUCAAAUCACUAACUCGCCGUCUCCAUUCACCAGAGAAAUAUUGAAAGUUGAGGAAAUAUUCUAGCCACAUGGCCCCCAAAAAAGAAGAAAAGAAGGCGACCAAGUCGGCCGCCGGGACUGCCGCUAAGAAGGAGAAGAAACCAGCCGCCGCGACCACAACUCCAAAGCCACCCAAAACUCCAAAGGAGAAAAAACCUAAAGUGAAAAAGGUUAAGGUCAAUUUGACGGCGCUUCAAAAACGACAGAAGAGCAAGCAGAAGAGGAGACAACUUGCGAUCAAUGCGGCUCUCAAAAUCCAAAAGAAGGUAAUCAAAGUUGCUGAUGGGGAAAGGAAACGAGUUCGCAAGAUCCGCCCCACCAUCCAGUUCAAGCGACCAAGAACUUUCCGCCCCCCAAGGAAGCCCAAGUUCCCAAGGAAAGCCGCCCCACGUCGUUGUCGUAUGGACGCCUACAACGUGAUCCAAUACCCUCUCACAACCGAAUCCGCCAUGAAGAAGAUCGAAGACAACAACACCCUCGUCUUCAUCGUCCACCUGAAAUCUAACAAAUAUCACGUCAAAGCCGCCGUGAAGAAACUGUACGAAGUCGAGGUGGAAAAAGUAAACACGUUAGUCCGACCCGACGGCAAGAAGAAAGCCUACGUCAGACUCGCCGCUGAUUUCGACGCGCUCGACGUUGCCAAUAAGAUAGGAAUUAUUUAAACUCUUUAACAUAUACUUUUUGGUAAUUAAAGUUGGCUAAAUAAAAAUGUAAAAGCUAAA